GGCCGGCGGGUUGAGCACAUGAAUACAUUAAAUUUCGAGCCAUCUGAUUGGUUGUUGCGCGAUCCUCUACGAAUGGUAUAAAUAGCUUGACACGGCGUGUAAUUAUCAUUCAUUCGUUUUACUCACGUUACACCAACCACUCAACAAUCCAAGAUGUCUGGACGUGGAGGAAAAGGAGGAAAAGCACGCAACAAGGCAAAGAGCCGUUCAGCUCGAGCAGGACUUCAGUUCCCAGUAGGCCGUGUCCAUCGCUUCCUUCGCAAGGGAAAUUAUGCUUCCCGUGUUGGCGCCGGAGCCCCAGUUUACAUGGCUGCAGUUCUUGAAUAUCUCGCAGCUGAGAUCCUCGAGUUGGCUGGCAACGCCGCACGCGACAACAAGAAGUCCCGUAUCAUCCCCCGUCACUUGCAGCUGGCUGUCCGUAACGACGAGGAGUUGAACAAGCUGCUUAGCGGAGUCACCAUCGCACAGGGAGGUGUUCUGCCCAACAUCCAGGCCGUGCUUCUCCCCAAGAAGUCUGCUGCUGCCAAGAAGGGUGGAAAGAGCAGCCAGAGCCAGGAAUAUUAAUUUUCCUGUGCCCAAGCACCAUCAUCAAAUCGGCCCUUUUAAGGGCCAUCACAUUUUCAAGAAAGAACAAAUCGAAUAUAUCUCUUUAAAAAAGUUUUAUUGUAUUUUUUUUAUUAAAUGAGGAAAUACCGGAGACACGGUUGAGUGGGAGUUUUCCGAGUAGGGUCAGGGAGGGGCUUCAUGAUAAAUUAGGCCUAGAAGUAGAACUAUGCCAAUAAACUAAAAGUAAACCCAAGAUUAAAGAAUAAGAUUAACAGUUUGCAUUCCUAGGCCAUUUUGGCUUCAUGAUUGCAAGGAAUGGUGCCUGGGAUAGCUAGGGGCAGGGCUCCAGUCUGAUGUCCCCUCUCAAAUUUUGUAGAUUUAUCUGCAUGAGCGGCCACAUAAAAAAUGCAUUUUUUUAACCAAGUCUGGGUUUUAGUUUACUGCCCCUCAUACUGAACAAAUAAGGGGAUAGAAGAUUAAAAAGGAGAAAUAAAUUUUCAGAAAGUGACAUUCGGAUGAUGGAAUCGGAGGGGCAUGGAUCCCCCCCCCUUAAAAAACUACUUUAAAGCCGAUGUGUGGAAAAAAUAUGUGAUUUAUAUUUUUUUGCUCGCUUGCAGCUUUUCAGAAACAUUGCCACAACGAAAUGCUAUACGAUGUCUGGCCCCUCAAGUUUUUUUUGUUGCUUUAUUUAUUAUGCCACUGCCCCCAUUUUUAUAUCAACUUCUGAGCAACCACGGAGGGUGUUGGGCCUGGACCGGAGUCAACCUUUUUAGGGUCGGCUUUUCUCCUUGAUUUUUUUUUUUGGGGGGGGAUGAGGCGCCCCUAUAAUGAGCGUUCCGAGCAGUAAACACAAUUGCACGGGCCUGGGAGUGAUAUAGCCCCCAUUAGAGAGCUGGAAACUAAUUUUUGAAAAGAGCACUAAAAAUUAUUCAUUGCAAUUAUAAAGUUUAUCAAAUUUAGCAGACUGAAUGAUAAAGCUGUAACAGUAUUUAUUUAUUGUAUUAUUUUGGAGGGGGGCUGAUUCCGAAAUGCUACAUAAUGGUGCUAGUAGAUGACAGCUAAUUUGACAAUGAAGAUGGGCCGGAAAAUCGGACAAUAAACUAUGGUUACAAAAAUCAACUGCCAAGAAACGAAAUGAAAUAUGGAUAUGCGUUUAUAUAAAAAC